CCCUUACGGAAAGGCAAGCAGGAAGAUCUAGUAGCGCUUAAACUACUGCCAGACUGGAUGGUAGUUGUAAGAGUGGUCGUUAUACACCUUGACUUUAGACAAGCUGCCGACAGCGGUCUGUUUGGGCUAUCAGGAGAUGAAACUAUUCAAGUGGUUGACGCCACUCUGCCAUUGGCUUCGCAGCUGUAUGAGCUGGCCGAGUCUUGUGAACGCAGAGCUUUCGCCGUCACAGCUGCUCAGGAUUUCACUCGAAUGCCUGCAGACGACAUGGACGCCAUGGUGAAGCGCGUAGCGUACAAAAUCUUCCAUGAUCAUGAGGUAGGCAAGCGUCUGCGACCAGCGAUCAUGUUCAGGCUUUGUACAGAGAUGUGUAAUCAC